AGGAGGAGGAGGAGGAAGAAGGAGCCCCCCGGGCGCUGAGGAGGGAGCGAACCCCGACAUUGUGCCAAGCCCGCUCUGCGCCCCGGUAUCGACUCCCCAGAGCCCCCGCCCCACCUCAGUUCGUGAAUUCACUUAGGUGGGCACCCACUUAGGUGGGCACCCGUAGGCCAGGGGAAUUGGGAGGGGAGGGCUCCCCCAAAAUCUUCUGUUGCCUCUGAAGGUUGCCCCUUUUAUGGACUCUCCUGGGCACCCCAACAUCGAUUAUGUUUUUGCUCCAAGUAGGCAUGUUCUUUUUCCAAUCAGGGCGCAGGAAAUUGGGAGCGGCGGAACGCAUUCUCUCUUUACACGCCCGUUAGCAUUUUGCUCGGAAGAAACAUCCCUUUAAUGGCCCCACCGGCUAGACCCAUAAACGUGGGCCCCAAAGUACAGUAUCUAUUAGGUUUCCAUUUCCGUCCCGUCCCUGAGCGCAGGAAAUUUGUGGGAGACAGAGAGCAUGCACCCUGCUUUCUUGUUUCACCUGCUGAAGAGCCAAAACAUCUAUCCCCCUAUUUGCAACUAAGGGAAACUCAGAAUAUAUAUACUGUAUUUAACUACUAAGGGCUUUGUCUAGCCCUGGCUGUAAGGCUGACUCAAAUAAAGAUUCAUUCAUUCAUUUAAAGAAUUGAUAUGGAUAACUUCUCACUCCUGGUACCCCUGAAACUGGGAAAACCUGAGUACACCAGUAUCAGCUUUAUGUGUUGCUGCUGCCCCUCACUUCAUGUGCACAACCUCUCUGCUUACUUAGCAACUAGCUAGUCCCUUUUUCUGUCAGAAUAACUCCACCAAGGAUGCAAAAAUCUGGGAGCCCCAAAGCACCCUAGCACCACCCUGCCGCAUAUUAGUGUAUCAGGGGUACUCUGAAGAGCAAUUCCAUUCUCCCCCCCCCCUUUGAAUAGCUCAUUCUGAGCAGUCUCUUUACUCCCUCUUACUUAAUACAGUACUUUCAAUUAACAAGAUGGUAAUAGCUUCCCUAUGCUUUUCUACUUUCAGAACUCUGAGCACACCUGAAAGUCUUCACUGCAGUCAUAAUUCUGAAUUACUUUUCUUUCUGCCGUCUGUCCUUUCUGGCUUAGAAUGACUUUCUCUCUGCAGUCUGCCUACAAUCGUGGAAAUAAAGGGUUGCCCAGGCUUGUAUUUAACUCAUACUAUCUCUGCCGACCAGAGGACAACUUUUACAAUAUUGAUUUCACCAAGUUCAAGAUCAGGGACCUGGAGACAGGGACGGUACUAUUUGAAAUUGCCAAACCUUCAGCUUUAGAGCAAGAGGAUGAUGAUGGCGACGUCGGGGAGGUGGACACCAGCGCAGGGCGCUUUGUCCGCUAUCAGUUCACGCCUGCCUUCCUGCGCCUCCGGACAGUUGGUGCAACCGUGGAGUUCACAGUAGGAGACAAGCCUGUGUCGAACUUCCGUAUGAUCGAGAGGCAUUACUUCAGAGACCGCCUUCUCAAGAAUUUUGACUUUGAUUUUGGCUUCUGCAUCCCCAGCAGCAGGAACACUUGUGAGCACAUCUACGAGUUCCCACAACUUUCAGAGGACCUCAUCCGUCUGAUGGUCGAGAACCCCUACGAGACCCGCUCGGACAGCUUCUACUUUGUGGACAACAAGCUGAUUAUGCACAAUAAGGCUGACUAUGCCUACAAUGGAGGGCAAUAGCCCCCGCUGCUGCACCCCC